AAUACUCAACAGAGUAUCCAAAUUUGUUUACAAUUCUUUUUUAUUUAAUUUAUUAAUUUAAUUAUACUCAUGGAUCAGGAUGAUGCUGUUUACUCGGAAUUUAAUUUACUGUCCAUAUUGCGGAUCUUCAUCAAUAUAAUAUUAAACUACAUUAAUUAUAUUUACAUGUGUAAGAGAAAGAGACUUUUUUUUUAAAGAAAAAAAAAAGACUUCUUUUUUUCCUCCAUCUAACGUCAUUAAUAAUGGUGGUGUGGUUCUGGUACAAACUCUGAGAAAAGCCAUUAAUGAAGAUUUGGGUUCUUAUUAUUUCAGCAAACCAAGAAUUGGGUUCUUCUUCUUAGACAUCUUAGUCUUUGUCAAACUAAACUUUGUCUUAUUAAAAGGAAGGUGAUGGAGGAGAUAUGGAGUAUGUUUUGUGCUGAAUCUGAUUGCAUAUCUUGUGGUGGUUCUUCAUUCGAGUUUCUGACUCAUCCUUCCUCUUGUACUAGCCACGCUUUGAUUAUCUUCUUCAAUGUUGUUCUUUUGUUUAUGUUCUUGAUCACCAUGGUUAAAAAGUCUUCCUCAUCAAGAACACACGAUGGUGUUAUGUCAACUCUGCAGAUAGUGUCAGCUGUUGUAAAUGGUUGUCUGGGGUUGUCGUUUUUGUUCUUUGGUUUUUGGAUUCUACAAGAGAAGCUCAGAAAACACCAUACUGCGCUGCCUUUGAAUCUAUGGUUUCAAGCUUUAUUUCAAGGCUUUAUUCUUUUGCUUAUUGGCUUAACAGUAAGUAUCAAGGUGAAACAACUGCCUAGAACACCAGUUAGAUUGUUGACCAUUCUUGCAACCUUGUUUGCUGGUUUUACUUGUGUUCUUUCUCUGUUCGCCGCGGUUUUGAACAAACAAGUGACUAUUAAGAUAGCUUUAGAUGUUCUUUCUCUACCUGGAGCUGUUCUUUUACUCUUGUGUGCUUAUAAGAGCUGUAAAUAUGGAGAGAGUGAUGAUGAUGUCAUUGUUAGAAAUGGUCUUUAUAGACCUUUGAAUGGUGAGGCUGAUAGCAAAUAUGAUGGUGAUGAAGAUAAUGAGUCUGUCACCUCAUUUGCCAGAGCAGGAUUGUUCAGCAAUUUCUCAUUUUGGUGGCUAAACUCGUUGAUGAAGAAAGGUAGGGAAGAAACUCUCAAGGAAGAAGAUAUGCCAAAGCUGAGGGAAGCUGAAAGAGCAGAAAAUUGUUAUGUAAUGUUCUUGGAACAAUUAGAGAAACAGAAAAGGAAGAGUGGUUUUUCUUCUCAACCAUCAUUAUUGAAAGUUAUCAUUUGUUGCUACUGGAAAGAGAUUUUGAUAUCUGGGUUAUUUGCUUUACUAAAGAUUUUGACUCUCUCUGCUGGUCCUUUGCUUCUUAAUGCAUUCAUUUUGGUUGCUGAAGGACAUGAGAGUUUUAAGUAUGAAGGUUAUGUUUUGGCUAUAACCCUUUUCUUUGCUAAGAAUAUUGAAUCUGUUUCCCAAAGACAAUGGUAUUUUAGAAGCAGACUUAUUGGUUUGAAAGUGAGGUCUUUGCUUACAGCAGUCAUUUACAAGAAACAGUUGCAAUUAUCUAACUCUGCUAAGUUGGUUCAUUCUGCUGGUGAGAUUAUGAAUUAUGUUACUGUUGAUGCCUAUAGGAUUGGAGAAUUCCCAUUUUGGUUCCAUCAAACUUGGACAACUAGUCUCCAACUCUGUCUUGCCUUAGUAAUUCUGUUCCGAGCAGUUGGAUUGGCCACAAUAGCGGCCUUGGUGGCUAUCAUUCUAACUGUGGCUUGCAAUGCUCCAGUGGCUAAGUUACAACACCAGUUUCAGACGAAACUCAUGACGGCUCAAGAUGAAAGGCUGAAAGUUCUCUCUGAGGCACUUGUGAACAUGAAGGUGUUGAAACUUUAUGCUUGGGAAACUCACUUCAAGAGUGUGAUUGAAAGUUUGAGGAAGGUGGAGUUGAAAUGGCUAUCUGCUGUGCAGAUGAGAAGAGCAUAUAAUACAUUUCUUUUUUGGUCAUCACCUGUUUUGGUCUCUGCUGCAACAUUUGGAGCAUGCUAUUUUCUCAAAGUUCCCUUGCACGCCAACAAUGUCUUCACUUUCGUAGCAACUUUACGCCUUGUUCAAGACCCCAUUAGAGCUAUACCUGAUGUUAUUGGUGUGGUGAUUCAAGCAAAGGUUGCAUUUGCUCGGAUUGUAAAAUUCCUCGAGGCGCCAGAGCUGCAGACUGCUAGAGUUGGGCAAAAGUACAACACAGGCAGUGUGAAAACAGCCAUUGUGAUCAAAUCAGCUGAUUUUUCAUGGGAAGAGAAUUUACCAAAGCCAACUUUAAGAAACAUAAAUUUAGAGGUUAGUCAUGGUGAAAAGGUUGCUAUAUGUGGAGAGGUUGGAUCAGGCAAAUCAACUCUUUUGGCAGCUAUUCUUGGUGAAGUUCCAAACACUAAAGGCAGUAUUCAAGUUUAUGGGAAGAUUGCUUAUGUUUCUCAAACAGCAUGGAUCCAAACAGGCACAAUACAAGACAAUAUUUUGUUUGGCUCUUCAAUGGACAGUCAAAGAUACCGUGAAACACUUGAGAGAUGUUCACUGAUUAAGGACUUGGAAUUACUUCCUUAUGGUGAUCUAACUGAAAUUGGUGAGAGGGGAGUAAAUCUUAGCGGUGGCCAGAAACAAAGAAUCCAACUCGCUCGCGCUCUUUAUCAGAAUGCCGAAAUAUAUCUCUUAGAUGAUCCAUUCAGUGCUGUUGAUGCACAUACUGCUUCAAGCUUGUUUAAUGAAUAUGUCAUGGAAGCUCUUUCAGACAAGAUAGUCUUACUUGUGACUCACCAAGUUGAUUUCCUUCCUGGAUUUGAUUCUGUAUUGUUAAUGUCUGAUGGAGAAAUUUUAGAAUCAGCUCCUUACAAUGAGUUAUUAUCAACAAGCCAAGAGUUUCAAGACCUUGUAAAUGCACACAAAGAGACUGCUGGUUCUGAAAGGCUGGCACAAGUAACACCUUCAGAGAAACAUUUAACAUCAGUGAAGGAGAUUAAAAAGAGCUUCACAGAGAAACAAUACAAAACAUCUAAUGGAGAUCAGUUGAUUAAGCUUGAAGAAAGAGAAACAGGUGACACAGGAUUCAAGCCUUACAAGCAAUAUCUGAGUCAGAACAAAGGAUACAUCUACUUCUCACUCGGGUUUGCUGGUCACUUUGUUUUCGUGAUUUGUCAGAUCUUGCAGAACUCUUGGAUGGCUGCUAAUGUUGAUAAUCCAAGAAUCAGCACAUUGAAGUUAAUUACAGUCUACUUGAUCAUAGGAAUUUUCUCAACAUUUAUUUUGCUAUUAAGAUCACUUACAACAGUUAUGCUGGGAGUUGAAUCAUCGAAAUCUCUUUUUUCGCAACUGCUAAAUUCCCUUUUUCGAUCACCAAUGUCCUUUUAUGACUCCACACCUUUGGGAAGGAUUCUUAGUCGGGUUUCAGCUGACUUAAGUAUAGUCGAUUUAGAUGUCCCAUUUAGCUUAAUCUUUGCUGUUGGGGCCACCAUGAAUGCAGUUGCUAAUCUUGGAGUAUUAGCUGCUAUCACAUGGCAAGUCUUGUUUGUCUCAUUACCAACCGUUUAUCUUACUUAUCGAUUACAGAGCUAUUACUUUUCCACUGCUAAAGAAUUGAUGCGAAUCAAUGGUACAACCAAGUCCUUGGUAGCAAACCACAUUGCUGAGUCUGUGGCAGGAUCCAUAACAAUUAGAGCCUUUGAAGAAGAAGAACGAUUCUUUUCGAAGAACUUACAACUCGUUGACAUAAAUGCUAGCCCAUUUUUUCACAGUUUUGCAGCUAAUGAAUGGUUGAUUCAACGAUUAGAAACACUCAGUGCUACUGUUCUUGCUUCUGCAGCAUUAUGCAUGGUCCUUCUUCCCCCUGAUACUUUUACCUCAGGGUUUAUUGGGAUGGCACUCUCUUAUGGCCUCUCACUCAACAUGUCUCUUGUAUUUUCUAUUCAAAACCAAUGCACUACAGCAAAUUACAUCAUCUCAGUGGAGAGGCUAAACCAGUACAUGUACAUACCUAGUGAAGCACCCGAAGUGAUCGAAGAAAAUCGUCCCCCAGCUAAUUGGCCUCAUGUUGGUAAAGUAGAGAUACAUGAUUUGCAGAUCAGAUAUAGAGCCAACUCCCCGCUUGUUCUUCGCGGUAUCAGUUGCACAUUUGAAGGAGGACACAAGAUUGGCAUAGUUGGUAGAACAGGCAGUGGAAAAACCACUUUAAUUGGUGCCUUAUUUCGGCUAGUAGAGCCUACAAGAGGGAAGAUUAUAGUUGAUGGUAUUGACAUCUCAACAAUUGGACUACAUGAUUUGAGAUCACGCUUUGGUAUAAUACCUCAAGAUCCUACUCUAUUCAAUGGAACUGUUAGAUACAAUUUGGACCCCUUAUCGCAACAUUCUGACCCCGAAAUAUGGGAGGUUCUUGGGAAGUGUCAGCUUAGAGAAGCUGUUCAAGAGAAAGAAGAUGGUUUGGACUCUUUAGUUAUGGAUGAAGGGUCAAAUUGGAGUAUGGGACAAAGACAACUGUUCUGUUUAGGAAGAGCUUUACUGAGGAGAAGUAGAGUAUUGGUUCUUGAUGAAGCAACUGCUUCAAUAGACAAUGCAACUGAUAUGAUUCUACAGAAAACAAUCAGAACUGAGUUUGUAGAUUGUACUGUUAUCACAGUUGCUCAUAGGAUACCAACUGUGAUGGAUUGCACCAUGGUUCUUGCCAUGAGUGAUGGACAAAUAGUGGAGUAUGAUGAACCAAUGAAGUUGAUGAAGAAAGAUGGAUCACUUUUUGGAAAGCUGGUGAAGGAAUAUUGGUCCCAUAUGCAGUCUGCUGAGUCACAUUGAUAAUGAUAGGAUGAAAAAGCUUAUAAUGGGGAUUCUAGUGAGGAGGGAGAAUCUUAAGUUGAUAGUAGGGAUGUUCAUUGGAUCACAUCCAAUGUUUUUAGGCCUAUCUAGAUCCGAUCCAAUCAUAUAUUGGAUGUUAGAUUUUACCAUCCGAUCCGAUCCAAUCAAUUUCGUCAUCCAAUCGAUCCAACAUCCAAUGGAUUAGAUCGGUUCUAUCCAUUGGAUGUAUUUCAUAUAUAUUUAUUUGUUUAAUUUGGGUUUAUCUAAUAUUUUAGACCUAGUAUUUUUUGGAUCGGAUCGGAUCCAUCCAAUAUUUUAGAUCCAGUAUGUAUUGGAUUGGACUGGAUCCAUCCAAUCCAAGAAAAAAAAAAAGUAAAACUUUAAUGUUAAUUUUCAUA